AUGUAUGUCUCUCCGACGCCUCCUGUUGUUUCUUCUUCAAGGACUUUUCCCACUGAAGAAUUAAAAGAACUUCAGCAUCAACAACGUGCUCUUCCCACAAGAACACGAGCAAUCAAAGGACGUGCCCUCUGUAGUAGAUUACCCCUAGCAUGGACAUCCACUGCUGCACUUAUGGAUCUUAGUGACUAUGAAGAUGAAUAUGCAGAUGCCCUACCAGCACAACCUCCCCCAUUUACCCCUUACCCUAUGCCAGUCUCAUACCCUGCACCGCCACCUCCUGAUCCACACAGGCCUCCAGCUUCUCAAUCUUCUUCCACUGUAACCCCUAUCGUUCCCACUCCUCCUAAAUCCAUCCAUACCAUCAUUUCCCCCCUAGAAAACCCUCUAUCUGAAUAUCUUACAACCCUUACUAUCUCAGAUCCAGCCCCUCCUCCUUCUUUCAUGAAUGAAGGACCUCAACCUGCUACCCCUCAUGUUUCUGAAAUGGAUGAUGAUCCUGAAAUCCAGAAUCUUGACACCCCCAGACAACCUCCUGUCCCUCCUACACCCUUUACCCCAUACCAAAAUCAGGACCUAAAAAGAGCUUCAUCUGUCACUGUUUUGUCCAAAUUUGUUGCACGACUCCAAGGCAAACUCAGGGAAUGGUAUUUAGCUCUUGGUCCUUACAGACAACUAUAG